AUGGAUCAAGUAAACAUUCUUGCACUGGCAGCGUUCCUCGCCGCCGCGGCAGCAGCGCUGCUCUUAAAGAGGCCAAAGGACAGCAAACCAUCCGCCGUGGCAUUGCUUCCGCCACCCGUCGCGAGCGGCGUUUCCACGAUUGCAGCGUUGGGUACGCUUGUCACCAAGGGCCUCACCGCCGUGAUACACGACCUGCACGCAGAGCUGGGCAGCGUGUUCACGGUGAGCCUCCUGGGGCUGAAGAAGGUGACGUUCCUGAUCGGGCCGGAGGUGACGGCUCACUUCUUUGAAGGCUCGGAGUCGGAGAUCAGGCAGUCGGAUAUCUACAAGAUCACCGUGCCCGUGUUCGGCCGCGGAGUCCUCUUCGACGUGGAUCUGCCUACGAGGAGGAGGCAGAUCAGAUUCCUAUCCGACGCCAUAAAGCCCGUCAAAUUGAGGGGCCAAGUUGAUUCCAUGGUUCGUGAAGUGGAGGACUACUUCGGCAAAUGGGGAGAGCAUGGCACGGUGGAUCUGAAGCAGGAGCUGGGGCAGGUGCUUAUGCGGAUCGCGAAUCGGUGCCUGCUCGGAGAACAGAUCCGAGACAACAUGUUCGACGAAGUGUCGCAGCUCCUGCACGAGCUCUUCGACAACGGCUUUCACCUGACCAGCCUCUUCUUUCCGUACCUCCCGAUCCCACCCCACCGCCGGCGCGACGCAGCCCGGGCCAAGCUGGGGGAGAUAUUCCGCGAGGCUGCCAGAUCACGCAGGGCCUCGGGCCGAGCCGAGAACGACCUGCUACAGAAGCUCGUGGAUUCGAGGUACGCCGACGACCGCUCCUUGACCGAGAGCGAAAUCGCCGGGCUGCUCAUCGUCAUGAUUUUCGCCGGGCAUCACACAAGUGCCAGUGCCGUUGUCUGGACGGGAGCUUGCCUGCUCAGCCAUGGAGACCGGCGCCACCUGGCGGCCGCCGUCGAGGAACAGAAACAGAUCAUCGGACGACACGGCAGGGAUCGCAUCCACUACGACGUCCUGCGAGAGAUGUGCACCCUGCAUUGCUGCAUCAAGGAGGCGCUGAGGAUGUACGCUCCAACGAACGUGAUAAUCCGCCGGGCGAACAAGAGCUUCAGCGUGCAAGCAAGAGAAGGCAGCAGAUAUGCGAUCCCCAAGGGACAUACCUUGGUAACCCCGCCGUCGGUGAACAACAGGCUGCCGCACAUUUUCAAGGACCCUCGUGUGUAUGAUCCGUCUAGGUUUGGUCCUGGUAGAGAGGAGGAUAAAGUUGGCGGCAAAUUCUCGUUCACGACGUUUAGUGCCGGGAGGCACGUUUGCUUGGGGGAGGACUAUGCUUACAUGCAGAUCAAGGCAAUAUGGAGCCAUGUGCUAAGGAACUUUGAGCUCAAGAUCGUCUCCCCUUUCCCGGAGGAGGAAUGGGAGAAAGUCAGUCCAGGGCCAAGAGGCAAAGUGAUGGUUACUUACAAGAGGCGUCUGCUCAAAUGAGCAGCUGGCGCCAAAUAAUAAAUUAUGUAAGAGCAUUUCCAACAACCCAUCAAAAAAUACUUGAUGCGUUAAUAGAUUCGUUUUUUGAACGCCUGGUAGCUCUAACAGAGGUUGUAAAAUUGUGCGCGCACUAAAAAACGCUACCCCGCGCACUAUAUUUGAUGCGCCGGCUUGCGCGCGCAGCAAACUCUGGACUGCUGUAGGUGGGACCGUUGGAUUGGGCGCCGCACUAGCGCGCGUCUGUUGGAGAUGCUCCGGUCCCCGCGCUGUAAAAGUGCUACAGUGAGGCACUAAAAUAUUUAUUGGGCGCGUAAUUUUUGCAUUGCCGUUGUAGGUGCUCUAAAGAUAUGUGUGUAAGGCUGGUUGU